CAAGUUUGACAGACAGAAAAUGACAAUUUUGUCAGAGAAUGUCAGACAAAGUGUAGGUACCGAAAAAACUGAAAAUGGUAAAUAUGUGACUAUAAAAUACACUUUUCCAAAUUGAAAUUUGAAGGAAUCGUGUAUGAGACAUCAAAUCAAUCGCAGUUUUUUGUAAGGAACGAAAACGAGUACAAAAGGAAUCAAUUAUUUAAUGUCAACAAUAUUUUAAUGGAAUAGCAAAUAAGUUCGACGAAACAAAGAAGCCGGCGUGGUGGCAUUGAUAAAACAUGAAUGAAGAUGAAGAAUACUAUGAAAGUACUUGGACCUAUAUGCUAUUGUGUGUGGAACCAACUGUAUAUGAAGGGUUCAGAUUUGUCAGGGAUUUACUUUUGGCUAAUGUUGCUCUUCGUCUUAUGAUCCAGUAUAUACCGCUACCUCACAACCUUCGCCAUAGUUUGAGUUUAGUUAUUGGUAGUUUCCUUUUGUACCACUGUAUAGGUCCUCCAUUUAUCUGGACUGUAGGACUUACUGCUAGUGCUUAUAUUCUUAUAAUUUUACUAUCAUUUGUUACUAAAAAAUGGAGAGGACUAGUGGUGUCUAUAUUUGUUAUUUCAUUUCUGUUACUUUGUGAAGUUCAUAUACUCCAUCCAAAAUUAUGGCAACAAAUAAGAGGCAUCCAGAUGAUAGCUGCUAUGAAAAUAAUUUCUGUAGCAAUAGAGUUGGACAGAGAUUUAUUUAAAAAAAUGUUGAACCCUGUGGAAUUUGGAGGAUAUUUACUGUGUCCAGCUAAUUCUGUUAUUGGCCCAUGGAUAUCAUUUCACCAUUACAAUAACUAUCUUGAAGUUAAAUUUCUCAACAAACGAUGGAUUAAGUUAAUUGCAGUUGAUCUGGUUGUAUCUAUAUUUUUCUUGACUUUAUCCAAUUGUAUAGUACCAUGGUAUAUUGAUGACUCAUUGCCAAAGUGGCUAAUAGCUUAUAGAGAUGCACAAGCUUUUAGAAUGUCUCACUAUUUUAUAUCAAGGAUGUCUAUGCUUUCAAUGACAAGUGCUGGAUUUGGACUUACAAAUGAUUGUCGUUCUGAAGUCCAAGUCACUAAACCAUUUUUCAUUGAACUGCCAAGGUCUCUAGUCCAAGUGGUAAUUUAUUGGAACAUUCCCAUGCACCAAUGGUUGAAACAUUAUGUUUUUAAAACUUGUCAGCCAUAUGGUAAAUUUGUGGCCAUAUUUAUAACAUAUGCAGUGUCAUCAUUACUUCAUGGAUGGAAUUUCCAAUUUUCAGCUGUCCUUCUUAGUAUAGGGACAUUCUCAUAUGUUGAGUAUAAUUUACGUCUCAAGGUAGCACAAACAUUUGAUGUAUGUUGUUUAGCAAAUCCAUGUGGUAAACAAUGUGAUCACAAGUACAAGAAGAACAGUAUGCUUGCAGUAAUCACUAACACAAUAUUUUCUAUAAUAACUAUCAUACACCUCGCUUAUUUGGGGGUGAUGUUUGAAGCAUCAUUUUCUGUACAAGAAUCUGGUUAUUCCUAUUUCCACACAAUUAGUAAAUGGGAAAACCUUGAUUAUUUCAGUCAUAUUCUUGCAGGGUUUUUGUAUGUUGUUUAUAUACUAAUUUAAGUAAGUUUCUUAGUAGUUAAAUAACAAAGCAUAGAAAAUAAGUGUCUUCUGAAUCUCUUAUGAUCUCUUACAGUAUUAUAAAUUUUUUUACAUAAAAAUUUGAAAUUCCACUAUAUUAAGAUUUCUUUUAAAUAGAUCUAUG